GCUGUCUGGAGUUUGGGGCUCGAUGGGUGUCUAAAUCAAUGCCUGUGAAACAUUCUCAUGGGGGCCUAGCAAUCCAGGCUCCCCUCCUCCUCCUCCUCCUCCUUUUUCCCAGAUGGACUGAAAAAUUAGAAUGUUGUGGCCCUCGCCCUGCUUCGUUUCAGGGGAUUUUAUCUCAGUAAAGUCAGGCGCUUCUGGGUCGGACCCUGAGGGCCUGGUUCUCCUCCUUCCUCCUCCUCCUCCUCUGCGCGAGGAGCUCCGCUGAAGGCGCCAUGAGGAGGAGCCGGGGCCAAGCCGGAGCCGGAGACCGGCGCCUGAAGGAGCGGGUCAAGCAGUACCUGAGCAGUAAUAAAUGUGGCCAGUAUGUUGACAUUGGAAUUUUAGCUGCAGAUCUACAGAAAACAUACAAUGCUGAUUAUGGACGAAGAAAAAGAAAUGCUUUUAGAAUACAGGUUGAGAAAGUUUUUGGAAUCAUCAAUGAUGAGUUGAAGGCUGAGGAUUUGGCAGCUCUGGAAGAUGAACACCUGGCCAAGAAAGCAAGACACAGAGAGGGAAACAAUGAUUCAGAAAGCUCCACGGAUUCCUCUGACACAGACCUACCUACCUCAAAUCACAUGAACACAUCUUUGUUGAACUUAUACCGGAAAGGAAAUUCAGACUCUCUUGCAGUAUCUCCUACGAAUGGGCUGACAGAGUCUAACACAUCUUCACAAAUGGUGAUACCUGGAUCAAACAGAGUUCCUCCACAAGUAUCAUCUGAGACCAGGAUUUCAGAAGGUGGAUGGUUUAUUGAUAAAAACCCAAGCAGAAAAGAGGAAAACUUUUUUAUUGAUCUUUGUGCAGAAGAAGAGAGUGAUGGUGUUAAACAGAUGGCUGAGAAUGCAAAAGACGUGUCUUUUUUGGAGACUCCAACAAAGAAGCAAAGGAGCAAGCAAAAUAAAAGGAGGAAAGGAGAAUUUCAAGAUGUAGAAGAAGAAAUAGAAUCUGCUUUAAAGAAGCAGAAGGUUAAACCAAAAGGAGUGGAGCUUCAGACCUCUUCAGUGAAAUUUGAGGAUGUAGGAGGCAAUGAUGAGACUCUGAAGGAAGUAUGCAAGAUGCUGAUACACAUCCGUCAUCCUGAAGUGUACAACCACUUAGGAGCUGUUCCGCCUCGAGGAUUUCUCUUACAUGGCCCACCAGGGUGUGGAAAAACAUUGCUAGCACAGGCAAUCGCUGGGGAACUUGAACUCCCGAUCCUUAAAGUAGCUGCUACUGAGAUUGUGUCAGGAGUUUCUGGUGAAUCAGAACAGAAGCUUCGGGAGCUCUUUGAUCAAGCUGUGGCCAGUGCCCCAUGCCUUCUUUUCUUAGAUGAGAUUGAUGCAAUCACGCCCAAGAGGGAAAUAGCCUCAAAAGAUAUGGAACGGAGAAUUGUAGCCCAGCUUCUGACUUGCAUGGAUGACCUGAAUAAUCUGGCUGUUGCUACUCAGGUACUGGUAAUUGGCGCAACCAACAGACCUGAUUCGUUGGAUCCAGCCCUGAGACGUGCAGGAAGAUUUGACCGAGAAAUUUGUUUGGGGAUUCCAGAUGAAGCAGCCAGAAAAAAAAUUCUGAAGACACUGUGUCGAAAACUUAGACUCCGAGAAUCCUUUGACUUUGGACACUUGGCUCAUAUGACUCCAGGCUAUGUCGGUGCUGAUCUCAUGGCGCUUUGCCGUGAGGCAGCAAUGUGUGCAGUGAAUAGAGUCCUUGUUAAACUGGAUGGGGAGAAACAUGAAGUAAUGAGAAAUGAAGAAAGAACAUCUGGUCAAGAUAUGAGGAGGAAUAUAGAAUUGCUUGCAGGAGAAGAUACUGAAGAGGCAGAUCUGCCCACUAAAGAUGAAUUGCAGAGGCUGCUCCAGUUACUAAAGGAACUAGAUCCCCUGGGGGAGGAUAAGUUGCAAAAGCUGUCUAUUGAGAUGAAUGACUUCAUUGUUGCACUCUCUUCAGUGCAACCUUCUGCAAAGAGGGAAGGCUUUGUUACAGUCCCCAAUGUGACGUGGGCAGACAUUGGAGCCCUGGAGGACAUUCGGGAGGAGCUCACCUUGGCAAUACUGGCACCAGUACGGAAUCCUGAGCAGUUCCAAACUCUUGGCCUCACAGCUCCAGCUGGUAUACUCCUUGCUGGCCCUCCAGGUUGCGGCAAAACAUUACUUGCUAAGGCUGUAGCAAAUGAGUCCGGGCUGAAUUUCAUUUCUGUGAAAGGUCCUGAACUAUUGAAUAUGUAUGUUGGGGAAAGUGAGCGUGCAGUACGUCAGGUUUUUCAGCGUGCAAGGAAUUCAGCACCAUGUGUCAUAUUCUUUGAUGAAGUUGAUGCUUUGUGUCCACGGAGAUCAGACCGCGAGUCAGGUGCCAGUGUCCGUGUAGUGAACCAGUUGCUGACAGAGAUGGAUGGCCUGGAAUCUCGUCGUCAGGUUUUUAUUAUGGCAGCCACAAACAGGCCAGAUAUUAUUGAUCCAGCGAUGCUGCGCCCAGGAAGAUUGGAUAAAACGCUGUAUGUGGGUCUGCCGCCACCUAUGGAUCGUGUUGCCAUUUUAAAGACUAUCACUAAAGAUGGAACCCGACCCCCGCUUGACACUGAUGUGGACCUUGAAGAAAUUGCGUGCAAUCCUUGCUGUGAUUGUUAUACGGGAGCAGAUCUUUCUGCCCUAGUGCGGGAAGCUUCUCUUUGUGCCCUGAAACAGGAAAUGGCGGUGUUCAGUGCUACAAACACGAAAGGAGAAAUUAAGAUUGCCAAAAAACACUUUGAAGAGGCUUUUAAGAAAGUGAAAUCUUCUGUUUCAAAACAGGACCAAGUAAUGUAUGAAGAACUGCGCCAGUCACUCAACAGAUGAUAAUUGAUGAGAACUGAGAGAGAGGGGGGUUAUUUCCCAUCAAGUCGUCUCCUGGCAGCUGUUUGUGAAGCAGAACCCAUUUCAUUUAACCACUAAUCUUUCCACUGCUGGACUCUUCUCCAAAAUGAAUGCCUUUUUUUCUUUUGUACGUAUGGUGGAAACAUACACUUCUUCAGAGUUAAUAUUAACUUUUUCAUUGUGAUGUGCUAAAACAUUUCAUUGUUUUCAGUUUAUAAAUAAACUUAAGAUAUUUAAACACAAACCAGCAAGGCAAUAGUUGUUAUAGUAGAUGUGGCUACCACUGAAGAACAUUUUACUGUAUAGUGAAGUGUUUCAAAAGACCAUAUGAUCCUGGGGUUGCUGUUUUUCCCCUUCAAGCCCUAAUUACUGCUAUGUGUUCCUUACAUACUAAACAGCCUUGGCUGUUUAUUUGCUGAAACAUUGAUUCAUGUACUUGGCAAGCAACUCUCUGCAUAGUGGUCAUAACUGUAGAAUGAAGAUUAUCUUAUGCUGAAGUGCACAUGGGAGCAAGUAUAAUAAAGUUUGUUGAUAUAUUGCUUCUACUGAAAUUAUGUGUGAAUUAUGGAGAAUAGUAGUCUUAGGGUGUUCUCCAUGAAGACAUGAAAGUAAACUUGAAACUGUCUACAAAUGACUGCAUAAUACUGUCUCAAUAGAGGUACCAAUAAAUACUAUCAGCAGACAUGAUUAGCUAUAUAAAUGUACUCUGGUGGCUCAACUCUUAAUCAAACAGGAAACUAGAGGGCAUUACAAUGUAUUGAGUACAAAAUGAAACUGCAAGAAAUUGUAUUGCACAAACCAAAUAGGAAACUUCUUUAUUUCACUGUGGGAAACAUAAGUAAUUUAAACAGUUGACAGGAAUAUUAAGUUGCUGUAAUACUCCAGUAUAUUUUUUCAUGUUUCUCCUCCUCUAACAAAGAAUAAAGCUGAAGAUACUGAAAAUGAGCCUGAAAGUAAAGUAAAUGACACAACCAGCAAGACAGUAAUUUUAUUAAACCUUUUUCAAAGCACUGGAAGAAUUGUACAUCUCAGAAGCACUCUUCAGGCACAGCUAUUCAGACUGAUUUAGUAACUGAGCAUUUGUACCUGAAGAUGCUUCUGCAUAGGACCAGAAUAGGAAAGAAGAGUAAGAAAACAACUGAAGAAACUAGCCAUUUUUGAACUAUUUGAGAAAAAGCAUACCUGCUCAAAACAUCCAAAUAAACUUGUUUGACAAUAUGUUGAGAAAAUUCAUGGACAUUAAUUUUGAAAUAGCAUGUUUGCCAUUUCAAGAUAUUAAUUUCUGGAAUGAUUAAAAUCAAUUUUAGCUAUUCAGGGUUUUAAAGAUACUACCUACUUUGAAAUGAAAUCCAAGUUGAAGGCACAUUGUAUUACUAAUUUUGACCCUCUUAUAAACUGCUGCCUCCACCAAAGAAUUAAUUGUAGAGGACAUUUUUUCAUAUAAUGGAACACUAUAUUAUAGCUUGGUAUUGAUGUUCAAAGAUUUAAAUUGCCCUUUCUUGGCAACAUCAAUUGCUUUAGUUUAAAUUAAUUAAAUACUUGUGAACCUAUGUUUAGCUCUACUAUGCUGUAGUUCUGGACCUUCAUUCAACACCAUCUUUGGACAGCCUAUUUUCCCUUAUUUCUUAAGUUGGGGUAGAACCCACAAGAAUAAGUUAUGGACAUCAGUGAGGAUGGAAGGGCUAUUUGAAUUGCAGCCUAAGGUACAAAACUAAAAGACAGAUAAGGUUAUGUUAAAUAUUUAACUUUUGGCAGCACAGCUUGCUUAUCUAGCUUCUAUUUGAACAUUUCUGCUCUCAAGAUCACAUGUAAUGCUAAACCUUUAAGGGACAGUGUUUAAAGCUACUCCCUUUCCACAUGCAAAGAGAAACUAAUAGAAAAUAGGUCUUAACAAAUAGUUAAUCCAAAGAAAACUCUUUCAAAUCUUUAAUAGCGGACAAGUGAGAAAACUAGUAAGAAGCAUUGACCCAAAAGUCCACUUUUGUGUUUCAACCAUGAUUUUAGGAAUAUCCCAGACUAUUAGUGCAGUUAAUUUAAGAUAUGAUUUUCUUGAAGUGCCUGAGAAUUUUGCUACAACAGUUUACUUAUGUUCUUUUUUAGGAUAUAGGGAUUUUAUAGUUUCAUGGUUGAUCUUUUACACAUUUAUAAACUUGCUACCCACUGUCAAGAGCUAACACUCCAACAUUUCUCCUACUUAAGAAAGCACUGUCUGUACCAAACUUCAGGACACCCAGCACCUGUUUGACAAUAAUCUUCACAUUUCCAAUAUACAGACUCAGAGAAGAGGCAACGUAAAACUAUUUCCAGAUUUUUCCAGACAUGCCAAAUUUAAUUUAAUUUAAUGUAGAGAAUGUGCACUUGAGAAGAACAUGCACUCAAGAGCUGGCAUUUCAUGCUCAAUAAAUCUAUUUUGGGC